AAAUACAAAUCUUCGACCCGCUGGAGUCCGAUUUACUAUAUACACCAGCUCACCAGCUGGCGACGUGGCAUACACUGUACACACGAGCUAUUUAAACCGUACUCGCGGACAUUAAGGAUUAAUUGAGACUGUUUUUAGGUUUUCUAAAAUUUUGAUAAGUGAACUCUAGAGGUAACGCCGUACACCGCAUUCUUAUAUCAUGAGGUGCCAGUGAAACUUGUGACAGGAAAAGUCAGUGUCAUCUUAUGUCAAUUUCAGUGAAACGAACAUCGGUUGCUACCGUUUAAGUGUAUGAAAAAAAACUCUACAAUGGGAUUGUCAACGUUUCUACUCGUUGUUUUCACAGCUUGUAACACUUUUCUUCCAAUUUACGGAAAGGUAGGAUUUCCGAAGAGCAUGGGUAUGGAUCAUCAGUUCCCGCCGACGAUCACCCGCCCGGUAGGAGGCAUUCCGAUCGGACAUCUACGACCUUUGGGAUUUCAACGUAAUCCAUCCGGAAAGGUUAUGAACACUUUGGAGAUGCCCCAUGCGCAUGCGUUCAACAUAAAGUACAUCAAAUCGAACAAGCCGGUGGUCAUUCGGGAGGCGAUGAAACACCAACCAAUUCUGAAGGAGUGGGAAAACGACGCAUACUUAGAAAAUAAAUAUGGCAAACUGAACGUCACAGUGACUGUGAAGAAGGAGAGAAGAGCUCACGAGUACCAAUGGAUGACAAUGAAGAAGUUCCUCAUGGAUUAUACGUACGAGGACUGGUACCUGUCAACCAUAAUUCCGCCGGAAAUGGCCAAGGAGUUACCGGUGCCCGGAUGUAUGAGAUGCGGAACUUACCGGAAGAGGCUACAGGAAGCGGAACUAUGGAUGAGUUCUGGGGGAACCGCUUCUAUGCUUCACAGUCACGAAGAUCAUACUCUGCACUGCGUUUUAUUCGGACGAAAAGACUUCAUUGUAAUCGAGGCUGAACAUCGUAAACAUUUCAACUACAAAGAAAAGUACCACAAUGCUGGUGCAGGGUACUCGCCAUUAGACAUGGACUUCAUCAACAUGUUCCAGAACUCUAACAUCGCAAAGACGCCAUGGACAUACAGCACCCUCUCGCCGGGAGAUUGUCUCUUUCUACCAGCAGGAUACAUGCACCAGGUUCGUUCCUAUGGCAGAGGGAUGUCCUACACUGUUCUAUUCGCCCCGUCUCUCGAGUUUGAUUCCUCUGACUGUCGUCUGCCAGUAGCAAAAAAGGAUGACAAACCAAGUAUUCCAUCAUUGGCUGAUGUUGACUUCGUCUGGACAUCUCGAAAUGGAGACAGGGUGUUAGACGCUGACAAGAUGAGCCCCACUAUGUUAACUCAUAUCUUGGACAUGCUAAUCAGGGACAAGGACAAACUGCAUAAAGAGCAGUUCGAACAUUUCUACCUCGACGCCCUGCAAAAGGCGUACAAUUACCCACCUGCUAAGACAGCUUUCGAGAUCCUAACGGGAAAUCCAGGGAAAAAGUUCAUCACGAGGACGGAAAUAAGAAACUUGAAACUGGAGCAGUUACAGAGACUGUGUAUACUGUACAAUGACGCUUUUCUAGAACCUACAUUUAACAAAGAGGAACUGUAAACAAAGGAAAUAUAAUAUUUUAUAAACAGUUCUGUCAAGUUUGUAUAAAGUAAUAUUGAUAAAAAAGAGACAUAAUCUCAUUGUACGUUAUAUAAUGUUAGACCACUAUAAGCAAUGCACGUGUAAUCCAAGAAUAAAACAGAAAGAGCCAUAUUUGAAAGAUACAAACUCAUCUAACAACCACAUUUUCUUAUUAACUAUUUCGUCCAUUUUAGUCAUCAUUAUUUUUUCAGAAAUCUACUACUGAAUUCCACAUAUCUGUUUUCAAUUACACAGUCAUACUUUUUACCUCAUCUCUCCGUAACUUGAAUAAUCUGGAAAAUUCUGCUUAAUCUACAAAGGCCUACAAUGAACUGAUUGGAAUCUACAGUUAACAUUUUGUGGCCCAAUUUAUGUCAUUCAGAAAUUCACUAUUUCACAAUGAAAGCUAUAUUCAAAAUGUAGCCCUCUAAAAUACGAUUUAUUUCAAGAGUAUCUGUUCAAAGAUAUGGACAAACUUUUUAUUUUAUUUUACAACAAUUAUGAAACAAGUAAGUUCAACUUAUAUGAAUCACUCCUGUUGGCCCAGAUGUCAGCUCGUGGGGGGGGUUUAAUGUGGGAGGACACCGGAGAACCCGGGAAAAACCCCACGUGGUCGGGCAUGUGACCCCAUACCUUUUCACGUCCUAUAGGAGAAUCGAACCCCGGCCGCCUUGGUGAAAGACAGUUGCGCGUUCAGCUGCGCCAUCCGAGCACCUGAGCAUUAGUCUGGCACACAGUAGUAAACAUCAAUAUAAGAAUGGUGAUAACAAUGUUCCGGAGUGUCAGUAUCAUAAAGAUUUGUAAAACAUUAUUUUGUUUAGAAGACAUGCUUUUAAAAUAUAUAUCAUUAAUUCAAACCUUUUACAAAAUGGAAAUCGUUGACGCCACAUUAGGAACCCUAUAGACACGUACAGAUUUCACGAAAGUCAAAAGGAAUUUAAUACAGAAAUUAAUAAUUUACAAUUUAUAUCAUUCAUAUAUGUUAUUUGCAUUCCCUAUAUUUUUUUAUAUAAGAGAGAAAGUCGUUCCUAAGUAGAAUGAACGUGUGUCUCAUUCUCGUCACUAAAGUGCAGAUAAUAAAUAUGUUUAAAUACAAAUGAGCUGUGAUUCUGUUUAUGUAGUGCUGCUGUGGUAAAUAUUCCUAGCAUUUUACUGAAACCAAGUUUGACAUGGAACAUCAAGCUCUGCACUUUUAAACAUUGGCUCUAAAACCUCCUUGUCAUCACAUCCUUAACAGUGAUGUACAUACAGCCUAAUUAGAAGCCACACUCUGCCUUAAAAACAUAACUCGGCGAUAUGUUCUUCCAUCGCCGUCAUACACUCCCUAGCACUUUAUCCAUCAUGAAGGGAGACUUCGUACGUCAUGCUGCGUUUAGUCUGUUGCUAACUAGACUUGGUUUUUUCUACAUUGUCUAGCUUUCUUAAUGUAAAUUCUUCGUCUGAAGUGUUUAUCGCUUUUAUUUUUUAUCUACCAUUUGUUUAUGUUUCAUUACGCAACAGGCCUAAUUUUCAUUUAGAAAUGAAGCCAUGCUCUCCGCACAGAGAUAGUUCUAUCCCAUAUAGAUAUAAUCUAGUAACCCGAACAUUAAAAUCUAUCACAUCUAAUUAGUAUUAAUGCGUCAAAUCCUUACGCCUUGAAAUUUAUUAUGUUGCCCAUAUAAUCUUCAAAUUGUAAAAAAAAUACGUUCUAUUGAACAUGACAAUAUACAUAUCUGAUAGAAGAUGAUACUCCGCAUAAAUAUUUUCAAAUUACCAGUGCCCUGUGGAUGCAUUGUACACGUAUGAUCUUUAAGUAUACAUUUUAAACCUUUCAGUAGUAAUGAGACAAGCCAAAUAUAAAACUAUGAUCAUAUAUUAAUAUAACUUAACUUAAUGUAAAUCGUAUGACAUCCAGAACAGUUAGCAUGGGCAACACAAUUAAUUUUGUUGUCAUAGCAUUAAAAUAAAUAAACUAAAACACGAAUACCACAAAUAACAUUUAAGUACGUACAGCUUGUCCAUUAAAUAAAAGAAGUACUCUUUGAACGUUGUCGACUUCCCUUUGGCAACUUUCCUAAUGAUCUAUUUUCUUUCCUUUUUUUUCACUCAGAAAAAAAAUGUAAAUUUUCAGCAAUUUCGUUAAUGACAUGAAAUGCCAUUCUUGUUAUUUUGUUUAAUACUUUAUAGAUAUUUUUCCAACCGAAAACGAGGUUAUUUUAUCUGAUCGACAGACACACAUAAACACAACGGCGUGCAUGUUCUGUGUACAUGUUUGCAGCACGUAUAUGUGUGAUCCUAACGAUCUUUAUUUCACGUGUCUCCAGUAAAACAAAUUGGUACACUGACAAGCGAUAUCUUUGCCGAAGUCUAUGACAUCAAUACUAUAUAUCUGUUCAUUUUUUCAAUACAUUUAAAUCGACAAUUGUAAAAGCUCGAAGCAAGCUGUCAAUUAAUACGGUUGUACGCAUAUACCAGCACAGCGGGAGGGUUCCACAUAGAGCUACUGUUUUAAUUCGGAUUUCUUCCUUCUGUUUAGUAGAUGAAGCGACCUAACAUGAGCAGAAUACCUGGUCAAAUUAUGUACCUUCAAUGUUUAUUGUUUUUAAAACGUUUUAACAGCCAUACAUUAAACAUUCAUUAAAGGCCACACUUGUAACAUGUAGGCAUUAAAGAGCUGAGUUC